GGGUACGGUACGAUGUCAUUGCUCCCUCACUCCUUGAAGAAGAGCGAACAGCUGAUCUUUCCUGGUCCUUUCGAACCAGUCUUUCUAAACCAGGUAGAGCAAGCGAAGCCAAGCAAGAAAGAAAAGAAAGGAACUAACUUAAGAAAGCAGUCCGUAGCCAUAGAGAAACGAACCCACUACUUGGGUUACAAACUGUACUUAGAGGGAAACCAACCCCCCAGCUUGGCACAAUGGUUGAGGCUCGAUAUAAUUGACCUCUACGGGGGGAGUAAGGGGCUCUUCCGGCAAUUGAAGUGGAGAUUG